UAUACAUAGAUAAAAUUCAUUAGAGUUAAUGAUAUGGUUAAUAAUAGUUUACUAAUAUACUUUACAACAAUAAUUAGCAUUAAUAUUCUUUUUUGUAGUACAAGUAAAUAGAGUAAAUAGUUAUUCGUUAUGUAUAUGAAAAUGGACAUAGAAUAGGAUAUGAGGAAAACAACUGAUUUAAAAAAGUGAUGUAUAAUAUUUAUUUAUAGAAUUCAGUUAAAACAAAUGAUUCAAAGAAUACUGGUUUUGAAAACAUUUAUUCUUAAAAAUGUCUCUUGGCAGUGAGAAAUGUAAAGUUAAUUCAGAUGGCAGUGUUAGUUUACGAGAUAUAUUAAGUUCUUUUAAUUCACCUAUACGAGAAGAACAUGCAUGGGCACUCUGUUACCAGUGCAGUAAAUACAUUUCUGCGGUUAUUAAUUCAAAUCCAUUGAGCGAUUGCUAUGUCCCUUCUGAGAUAGAACACAUAUACCUACAGACAGAUGGAAGUAUCCAUUCAAAAACGUUGUUUGGGGAUGCAAGUUGCAGAAGAAAGCCUGAUGAUGAACGGGAUUUGGUAUGUGGAUUAGGCUUGGUUAUUUAUCAAGCACUUGAUCAAGGAAAUGACAAUAAUCAUGAAAGGCUUAUUGACUCAGAUCUUGAAAAAUUAAUAACUGAUAUGUUGCCUGGCGAAAAAAAUCUACAUCAUGAAACAGAAGAUGAAGGAAUAGAAAAAGAUGCUGAAGACAGUGAAAGAUUACUAAAUUCAAGUGAUAUAAUUAAAAGAUGUGAAAAAAGGCUUACUACACUUACUGUACAACAGGUUGAAGCACACUAUAAAGCAGUGGUACGAGCGUUAGUGGCUGAAGCACUAGAAUUGUCAACCUUUUUAGAAAGAGUCGCUCAAAGUUUAAGUCAGGGAGAAGUUUCCAAUGCAGAUCUUAUACACUUGCAAUUUUCAGACUGGGCAAGAUUUUGGAUGCAGGUAAUGGCAGAACUUCGAACUGGCGUAAAAUUAAAAAAGGUUCAUUAUUCUAAAGCCCCAAUAGAGUAUGAGCUGACUCCUUAUGAAAUUCUCAUGAAGGAUAUUCGAUCGUGCCGAUACAAUCUACGCAAAAUAAUGGUAAAAGGCGAUGUACCUUACAAAGUAACUAAAGAUGCACAUGCAAUCAUAUUAGAAUUUAUUCGCUCUCGACCACCCUUAAAAAAAGUCUCAGAACGCAAAUUAGCUCCACCUCCUAGACCUACUUUAACACCAAGGGAACAAUUAUUAAGUUCCAUUAGGAAAGGUCGUCAGUUACGUCCUGUAGAGGGGAUGAUAACUUCUAAAACUUCUCCCAAUCCUAACAUGCGUAAAAUAAUAAAAGUAGACUUUUCCCAGUUAUUAGAUGAUUAUGAUGAUGUUGAUGAAAAUGAAGGAAGUGAUGAAGCAAUAGAAGGAGCUCCAGGCCUGUGGGCUUUAGAAGACUGUCAUCAACCAUAUCAAAUUGCAGAACUUGAACCAUACGAUUUGGCAACUGGUGGGAUUUCUAAAAUACGUGAUUAUAAAUAUCCGUUGAAAAGAUUCGACACAUUAAAAUUUCCUAAUAAUAGUGGUAGUCAGUCAGUUCCACAAUCACGACCAGGUUCUCGACAAUCUUAUGACAGCACUGAUAUGACCCCUGAAGCCACUAAAAGAUUGCAAGAAAGUCUUACAUUAGAGGACAGGCUGUCUCUAACAUUACAAGAAAUAGUUCACAUCAGGCAAGUCUUAACAAAAGCUGAACUAGAUGCUUUGCCUAAUGAAAGUAGGGUAAAAUCAGAUGUGGAAAGCAGGAAAGUUUGUUUCCUUUGCCUUAAAACAAGAUUUAGUAUUUUUGGUCCUAGAGGUCAUAGAUGCACACUGUGUCGCCGAACAGUAUGUACCAGAUGUUUCAGUAACAUGUACAUUCCGAUGGAGCAUUUUGAUACUGUUCCUGUAGUACUUUUAAGUCCCAGUAUGCUAAUAGCAGCAGAUGAUGAUGAAAUGUCUGAUUCGAGGUCAAGUUCUAGAUUACGAUCAUCUUCUCACCCUUCUGCUCCUGUAUGUCAUGAUUGUAGAAUGAUGAUACAGAAAGUAGCAGAAACGGCCAAGGUAAAUAUGGCAGCUGUUAGGGAUCGUACCUUGCAGAACUUGUCUUUAAAUUUAUCUCCGGUUUUUUAAAAUAUUUUUUGUCUAGUGAGUUCAAAUCUAACCAGUGGUUAAAUUCUUCAUGUAGAUGUGUAUAUGUAUGUAAAUGUGUUCUUAAGGUCAUUUUAUUUUUUUAAUUCUAUAAAUAAAUAUUUAUAGCAUAUAUAAAUGUAAAUCUAGCAAAUUUUAAGAAUAUAACUAUAGCGUGAUUGUUUCGCACAUUGUUGAAAAAGUAAAUUUAAGUAACAAAAUUAUAAUUCUACAGUUGGUAUUAACUGCACUUGCUCAAAAGUAAUACUCAUACACAAACAAGCACUACAAUAUGACAUUUAAUUACAUUUACCGUUUUUGAUGUUUCACCAAAAUAUAAGUAUCAUUUUACAGAUGUGAUUCAAUUUUGUUUUGAACAGCAUAAUGUACAAUAAAUUAUUGCAAUGUU